GCAAGAAGAAGAGACGCGCACGUUUUAUUUUAUUUACAAAACUUCAUUAAUAUUCCUUGAAUUUCUGACACAAAUGCGCAAAAAUGGUGGAUAAUAUAACGCUGAAUGUGAAUUCCAGGCCAGCGGCCCAGAAAAAACAACAACGAGGGCCUUUGCAAUCCGUCAAAAAACGUGCACAAAAAUCUGAGGAUUUUGACUUUACAUUUAAUGCAGAGAAGCCCAAAGUCAAGGCGAUUGUGGUGAGAAGAAAGGCGGCUUCCACAAAAGUGGGAACCACGAAUUCUGGGCCCUCCAAUGCCACGAAUUCUACAGCAUCUGCAAGUUCAGUGCCUUCUACUCCUUCAGUUUCUUCCACCAAUUCUUCAAAACCGGCUCUUUCUUCCUCUGCUAAAGCUGAUAUAUCCUCCGGAGAUCUGAUGUUUAAUGUUAGCACUUCGAAACCACCUGCCAAAAACAUUGUGGGUGAUGAUUUCAUGCUGAAUGUGACCACAAAACCUGUCGUAAUCACGCAAAAAGCCAAGCCAAAAAUCACAAGAGCUGAAAGAUUGGGCAAGAAACAGAAACAGGGUAAACCCGUGGUCAAGCUCAGCGAUGAGCAGCUCACGCGGGCCUUGAAAAACCACAGAAAGCCCCAGAAUCCCAACCAAAUGCCAAGGGCAGGGGACAUUUUCCGGGCUCAAAUGGAGGAGGAGCGGAAAAAGAAGAGACGGGAAGAGGCAGGAGAAGAUGAGGAAUCCAGCGGAGAUGAGGAGAAAGCAAAGCACAAGUCAACAAAAAUAUCCACUAAAGAUUUGCCAGGAAAGACAGCUGGAAAACGAAAGAAGUCAUUAGAUUCCGAUGAAGGAUCAGCUGAAUCCGGUCAAGAAUCAGCAGAGGGUGAUGAGGAAUCCUCACCAGAAUCGAAAAGACCCCAGCCAUCGCGAGAGACCACCAAAAAGCCAACGAAAACCCCAUCAAAAACUGGGGAAACCUCAACCAACAACCGUUUUCGCACCAAGAAGAUAGGUCUCUUCGACCAAAGCGAUGUGGAGGCACUCAAGCAACUGGGCCAAAGAGCUGUGAAGCCCGUCAAGGAGACCAUAUUUACGGGGUCCAAAAUAUCCACCCUGGGACUCCAUCCACAUGCCGUCAAGAACCUGGAGGAUCUGCUCAGCAUUCGAGAGCUAACCAGCGUGCAGCAGAAAACGAUACCUGAGGUGCUGCAGGGCAAAGAUGUGCUCGUGCGUUCGCAGACGGGCUCCGGAAAAACCCUGGCCUAUGCCUUACCUUUGGUGGAAAUGCUGCAAAAGCAGCAGCCCAAGAUUCAGCGCAAAGAUGGCGUGCUGGCCCUUGUGAUUGUGCCCACAAGGGAGCUGGUGAUCCAGACGUACGAGCUCAUCCAGAAGCUGGUCAAGCCCUACACCUGGAUUGUGCCCGGGAAUUUACUGGGCGGCGAGAGCAGGAAAAGCGAGAAGGCCAGACUUAGGAAGGGCAUCAACAUACUGAUAGGCACACCUGGUCGUCUGCUGGAUCACCUGCUGCACACGGUCUCCUUCAAGCUCACCAAGCUGCAGUUCCUCAUACUGGACGAAGCAGAUCGGCUGCUGGAACUGGGCUACGAGCGCGAUGUGAAGCAGUUGGUGGAGGCCAUUGACAAGCAGCGUGCGGAGUGCGAGGACAAGGAUCUGCCGCAGCUGCAAAGAAUGCUCCUGAGUGCCACACUGACCUCGCAGGUCCAAGAACUGGCCGGUCUGACCCUUAGGAAUCCCCUGUACAUCGACAACAGCGAUGAGGCGGCGAGUGCGGCCCUGAAGAGCAAGGAUGGCUACCAGAAGGAGACCAUCGAGGCCUUGUUGGAGGUGGACGACGGACUGGGCGAGUACCAGGAGGAUGUGACGGGUGUGCUGAGUAUUCCCGACAACCUGCAGCUCAGCUAUGUGGUGGUGCCGCCCAAGCUGCGUCUGGUGGCUCUGUCUUCGCUGCUGGCCAAGGAAGUGGACGCCAGUCCGAAGGAGUUCAAGGCGAUUGUGUUCAUGAGCACCACGGAGAUGGUGAACUUUCAUCACGACAUGCUGAACGAGGCGUUGACCAAGCGAAUCCUGGACGAGGAUGACGAGGAGGAGGAAGGCGAUUCGGAUGGGGAUUCGGACACGCCACUGCUGCAGGGUCUGCGUUUCUUCAAAUUGCAUGGCUCCAUGACGCAGACGGAACGACAGGGCGUUUUCCGUGGCUUCCGCGAUUGCGCCAGCUGCGUCCUGCUGGCCACCGAUGUGGUGGGCCGUGGCAUCGAUGUGCCCGACAUAAAGCUGGUGGUGCAGUACACGCCGCCGCAAACCACCGCCGAUUUCGUCCACCGCGUGGGUCGAACGGCGCGGGCGGGUCGAAAGGGACGAGCUGUGCUCUUUUUGGCACCCAGCGAGGCGCAGUUCGUGCGGCAUCUGGAGAAGAAGCGCAUUCGCAUCCAGCAGGGCGACAUGUACGCCUACCUGCAGACCCUGCUGCCCAAGGACGACGAGGCCAGGACGGUGCAGGAGGCGGCCUCCAACCUGCAGCACAAGUUCCAGACGCUGCUCGAGGACGAUCGCGAGCUGCACGACAAGUCCUGCAAAGCCUUUGUCUCCUGGAUGAAGUUCUACUCGACGUUUCCCAAGGAGCUGAAGCCCAUCUUCAACGUGCGCAUCGCCCACAUGGGCCACUUCGCCAAGAGCUUCGCCCUCAAGGAGGCGCCCUCCAAGUUCGCCCAGCACGCCGCCCCCAAGGCGGCCCCGCCCACCAACCGACUGACCUACACGGAAAGAGAUCCCGAGAAGAUUCAGGCCCAGAAGCGGGCCAAGCGGCGAUUCACGACGACGGUCAGCGGCGAAGUGCGUCAGUUGAAUCAGCGGGACGGAGGAGCGCCGGAAGUCGAUCGACGGAAGCCAGGACCUCAAGGAUCAAGAGGAGGCUUCGUGGGAGGAGGAGUGGGACGCAGCAGCUUCAUGAAGAGCCUGAGCAAAUCGAGGACCCUGAAUAUAUCCGAAUUCGACAGCGGAUUGCCGGCAGUGGGACCGGCAAAGCGGCGCAAGCAGGCGUAGGAAAAGGACUUUCAGUGGGAGGAUUAGAAGGACUUGGAGGAGGAGGAGGAGGAACUACGGUCCGGAUGGAGUUCGGAGCACUUUGCGGCACUUUAUGCGCGCCAUUUUGCCUGUCCGCUGUGCCUGCUCAAGCAUUUAAUCGAAAAGAAAAUUGCUCCAUAUAUAUUAUAUAUAAAUAUAUAUAUAUAUAUCUAAGUAAAAAUCUAAGAAAACCCAAGGAGAUGCGCUCAUAAAAGUUUCAUUUUUCUCAACUUUUAAGCCCGGACGUCCUGCGGGAAAAGUUGUGGCCGCCUGCCAGCAUAUUUUAAGCUUCCUUUUUAUUUUUUCCCUACUGUUUUUCCUUUUUUUUUUUUUUUUUGCUUUUUGAUUACUCGCCGUAAUAUGUCCGUUCAUUUUUUGUGUGGGAAAUAUUAGAAAUCCAUUUUCCGCUCACUGCAGAUUCAUUCAGUUUUGAAAAUGUCACCAGUGGCGGCGGGGGGUCAGAGGUCGGCACGUGUUGGCUUUUUAUGCAACUGAAGCGCAUAAUUUGUUGGACAAGGCAUAAAUAAAUAUCGGAUACAUAUAAACACUGUACAAACGAUUUUUUUUCCGAUCCAGGACACGUGGCUGAAUCGCAGUUGCGGGGCCGUAAGCGUAGGGUAUUAUGGCCCUUAAUUGCGCCCUCUCGAUGGGAUUGAAAGGCCCCUAAUUAGACGGUCAGCGAUUGAUUUUUAAUUAGGCCACUGGCCCACGCCCACGUCUAUAUGUCACUCAAAGUCAAAGUCAAUCAAGCGUGAGCCAUCGAACCGCCGUCGAUUCCUAAUUACGUGCGAGUGUCAACAUAUGAAAUAAUAUUUUGGUAUAAAUGCGUCCAUUAAAAGGAAACCCCCACUUCUCGGGGUGGUUAUGUCAAGAGAAAUGGGGUCCACUUGAGUGGAGGACUUGCGGUCAGGCGAUUCCGGGAGGUGAAUGUGGUGGCGAAUGACUGGCUGGAAAACAGGCUUUGAUCUGUUAAUCGGGCGUUCUUACCAAAAUUAAUACAAAUACAUUGGCUUAAUAU